CUUUGAAUCCUUUUUAUUGCAGAUCUUUUUGCACUUUAUUCCUAGUGCUGUUUAAACAUUGACCUUAUUUGUAAUUAAAACAAAUCCCCACGGAACAGAAUCCCUUACAAAAAGUAAAAUGAGAAAAAAAAUUCGAGCUGCUCCUGUAUAUCUGAGCGUCUGGCGACAUCUGCUGGACAUUUGCGCAUGCGCAGUGCAGUUUCUCUCCCGGCCGUCAGGCGGACAGCGUCACUGGGCUUCGUCAUCAUCAUCACAGAUCAUGAGGCUGAAGAAGAAAACCCGCGUCCACUAAAGAGUUUUUAUGCGGAAGUCAUGGGAACUUAAGCUGUUUAGCAACCCCAGUUUGUAUGACAGUUAAUCAGAUGAGUUUUACAGCUCGUGCUGUGUGCUGUUUGUUAUUUGGGAGUCUUUUAGGCAGGUAUAAAACGAGCUUUUUCAUUUAUAAUCUCAUCCAUGGGUUCUUGCCUGCAGUAUUUGAAUGUGAUCUGGGAGAACCAGGAGCUGUUAGCUUUUCUGCACCCCUCUCCUUGGACCCCAGGGGUCACUGUCGUUACUCAUAAGACCCCUGGCCACACUAGCAGCCUCUUCCACUUACCUGAGGAUUCGUUCCUGUCUCUGCUUCUAGGGGCAAGAACAGUAGCGAGGCUCCUUUGUGAGAGACUGGAUGUUCAGCGCUGCGCCCUCGUUCAUACACCACACAGGCGGGCAAGCGGACUCGGCGUUGAGCUUCACGUGGUUCCUCUUCACGGUGUGACGGCAGAUUGGAAACCACACGUUGCUGAAGAGGAAGAUUUCCAGCCCUGUGACCCAGGAUACAUCACUUCCAAGAGUGGACCACGCUGGGCAGACUCCCGUCUUGAGGACGUCAAGAACCGCAUACGGGCUCGGCUGCCCGUCCCAAAUGCGCCUCUGAACUAUACCUUCCUGGGCAAAGCCUCUGACUGCGGGCUGUUUCCACGGAUUGUGCGUGGAGAGGAAAAGCAGUGGCGGGUUUGGGAAGAUGACGGCCAUAUUGCUUUUCUUACACCGUUUCCCAACACGCCUGGACUCACUGUGCUUAUUCCCCGGAAACCACUCUCUAGCGACGUAUUCCGACUGGAGGAAGCGGACUAUAAGAGGAUGGUGCUGGCCUCUCGAGAUGUUUCCCGGCUCCUGGAGGCGGGACUUGAUGCAUGGGGGGUGGGGCUUAUAUUUGAAGGAUUCGAAAUUGAUUACGCUCACGCUAAACUGAUUCCACUUGUGUCUUUAACUGAUAAGGUUGAGCUGAAUCUCACCUGUCCAGCACCAGAGUUUUACCACCGGUACCCUGGUUAUGUAACAUCGGUUAAUGGUCCACCUGGCAAUGAAGAAAGUCUCCAAGAGAUUUGUGCCAAAAUUACUCGGCGUUAAACAUCUGUUGAUGAAAUGUUCAUCUUAUAUAAUGAAAGAAUGCAUUUUUAAUUGUGUAAACAUAAUGUUUCAGUGUUUGAGAUAAAACGGGUUUUCUUCAAUAUUAUAGUCUCAUUUUAUGACAUUUCAUGUAAUUAUGAUUUUGUAAUAUUUAAACUAAAUAAACAUGAGCAGAGUUUGAGAUCUAAGACGUGCAGGUAUUAUCACACUUUGUAGAUAUGUUCGUAAUGAAUCUUUGAUUAAAGCUUUAAAAACGAUGGUGACAAUGGAGACUGAUGUUCAUUAUACAUACAUUUAACAAAUAUACAUUUAGUAAUUAUUAGGGCUGUCAAAAUUAACGCGUUAAUAACGCGUUAACGCAAAUUCAAUUUAACGCCACUAAUUUUAUUAACGGAGAUUAACGCAACGCGCAAUUUCUGUUUGACCCUUGGUCCAGCCCAUAGAUAAAUGAACAGAGGCGCAGACAAAUGUGACUCUUUCUAAAUGAGUAAAAGGUUUUCAUAGAAAUAAGAACAUUAAGCAAAUCGUCUACCAAAUCCAAUGCUCUAAAUGCUCGUUGGACAUCUGAUAUGAUCUUUAUUUAUACGUCUGAGAGGUGUAACGUUACCGUCCCCCUAAUGCUUAAUCUAAUACAUGCGUCUCAAUUAAUUUUGGUUUCGCUUUUAUGCAUGACUUAGAAAAUAGACUGCAGGACUUGCUUGAUGUUAAAAUAGUCAUUAAGAGAGAUAAAGUUCGGUACCUGAUUAAUGUUAAAGAGUUAUUAAGAGCGACAAGACUCAAAAGCGACCCCCUCACGCUGAGUCUGACUGACUGACAUCUGAAGCGCGUGCACACAGACGCGCGAGUGCGCGACCCGGAUAUAUAUAGACAUCUACACAAAAUUACAGUUUUACAAAUAUCUGUUUUGAUAAGAAUUCACGCAGGUAGGAUCUAUAAUAUGUUAUGUCUUAAGUAAAUGUUUGGUUAACUGCUGGGUAAAAAUAUCUGAUGUGCAACAUUAUAUUAGAUCACUUAGAUUUUAAGCAGUCUGUCUCAAUGCCAAUCAAACAAAAGGAAAAAAAGUUGAACAUACAUUGAUGAUGUUUUUGCUUUGUGUGUGCUAAAUCUUAUAGUUUUACCAGUGAUUUUAAGGUAUUGAUGUGGUAAUAUAAUGUAUGGAUGUGGUAAUUUUUGUGGUAAUUUGACUCUUUCAACUUCAAACACGUGUAGUUCUGUCAUAUUUUGUUAUAUUUCAACAAAUCAUGCAUUGUCCUAUGUUUAAAUAGAGAAUGUCAAAAUAUGAACAACAAUUUUUUAAAAAUUUGCUAAUUCCGACUCAACUUGCCAGCACAGGUCACAAAUGAUGCAGCAGCAAACAAAAAUGGAGAAAGAAAAAUCUUCUUAAAGGAAAAUUCGUAUACAAAACAAUGGCUGGUGAUUCUGUUAAAAAUGUAAACAGGCUGUUGUUAACAUACAUUUGCAUAAAGCAUCUAUAUAUGUAUAUAUGAUUAGAAUAUUAAAAACCUGAAAAGUGUUAAAUUAGGGUAAAUUUAGAAUGGAUAAAAAUGUGCGAUUAAUUUGCGAUUAAUCGCAGUUAACUCAUGAAAUCAUGCGAUUAAUCUAGAUUAAUUUUUUUAAUCUAUUGACAGCCCUAGUAAUUAUUAAUAAGAGCAGUAAUUGGUUAUAAGAGAAAUGUACACACAUGUCAUAUUUUCAUAUUCAUGUCAUAUUCAUUGAUUUACAAACAAUCAAAUAUUUUUAAAGGAAAUUCAGUUUGUAUGAUGUAACAAUUUUGUUUUUUUCUUGUUUGUUUUGUUUUGCUUUAGUAAAGUCGUCAGUCGGCACACCAAGAUUCAAAAAUAUGUGACUUUUACAGGCUCUUCGUCAGACCAAAUCUUUUAUAAAAAAAAAUUAUUUUUGGAGCUUUGGUGUGCCCACGUUACUUUAACUUUUCUGAUGUGAUUUUUGGUCAUAUAAGGUUGAUGUGCUUUGGUUUUCUUUUUGUUCUGGUUUUAAAAAUGAUUCUUGUUCCCAGCAAUCUGUGUCAACAGAAGGUCAUGUGAUCACCUACUGUAAAUGUUUUUCAUUAUAAUUAAUCAUCUAGUUAAACAAUUACAAGCUUGUGCCAUCUGUGUCACUUUGGCUCAUUAUUUAUUAUUUCCACAGGCAUUUCAAUUAACAUCUUCAUUAGUGACUGGUAAUGUUCUUAAUUAUGCACCUGUGAUCUAAUCUGUGAGAAGUAAACGAACGAGAUUAUCUGACAGCAAGAAAUAAACUCUUUAGUAUCAUU